CGUUUGGUUUACUAGACGCAUGCGCGCUGUGUCGUAGGUGUAUUAGACGCACGCGCGCGCUGUGUCGUAGGUGUAUUAGACGCAUGCGCGCUGUGUGCAGCUGUUGCUAAGCAGUAAGAAGCUGUGAGAGAAUCAUCAUCUGGCACUGGGAAUGCGCACUAUGGAGACUGAUGGGUCUAAAUUCGCUGACCUUGACCAGGAGAAGUACGAUGCUGAUGACAAUGUGAAGAUUAUUUGUCUGGGUGACAGUGCAGUGGGCAAGUCAAAGCUUAUGGAACGAUUCCUGAUGGACGGAUUUCGCCCUCAGCAGCUCUCUACCUAUGCUCUGACGCUUUAUAAAUACACAGCCAGUGUGGAUGGGAAAACCGUAUUAGUGGAUUUCUGGGACACUGCAGGGCAGGAAAGAUUUCAGAGUAUGCAUGCUUCCUAUUACCACAAGGCGCAUGCCUGUAUCCUGGUGUUUGACGUGCAGCGUAAAAUCACAUACAAAAACCUCAACACAUGGUACCAGGAGCUGCGUGAGUUCCGACCCGAAAUUCCCUGUAUUGUCGUGGCUAAUAAGAUUGAUGCUCUUCACUGAUGCCAUCAAACUGGCUGUGUCAUACAAGCAGAAUUCUCAGGAUUUCAUGGAUGAGGUGAUGCGGGAGUUGGAGAACUUUGAGUUGAAGAAGGAAGAGCCAGAAGACGCUUCUGAUAAUGAGGAAUUGUUGGACUGAGCAUACUCAGAGAGACGCAGUAUCUCAAGAAGCUCUCCCUGCUCAUGUGCUUAGACCUGUUCCCCUAAUGCCCAAAUGUGGUGUAGGACUUCAUGAUCAGUAGCCUGUUACUUACACUCUGGGGAAAAUGUUGUUCCCAAAACCUGCUGGGAUCUGGAAUUGGUUGCAGAAUUUAUUGUGGCUUCUCAUCUUGGUCAAGAGCAGAACCAGACUCCUGGGCCUAUCAGCAGCAGUAAUUGUCUAUUUGUUCACCAUAUUGACUGACCUGGAUAUACUGAAUGUAUGAACAUUGUAGUCGCACUAAACCAGCUCUAGCUCAUUCUGAGGUUGGCAAGCAGGUUCAUUAGUGUUGCUGCUAUAUUUUUUGUAGGUGAUUAUAUUAAUAAUGUUUUCUUUUAAAAAUAAAUUAUAAAAAAAAUAUUUGUAACAAA